AUGAUAUUAAUUCUGUUUAUUAAUCCUCUAAAAUUUAAGCUGAAAAUAGAUAAUAUCUCAUUUAUAAAAUAUCACAAAAGGUUAGGAUUAUAGUAUUUGGGAAAUUUUUUGAUCAUCUCACUGAGACAGAAAAUAAUUUUACAAUAAGUAGUUAUAAUACAAUAAAUAUAUUUGUUGAAAUGUAGGUUGAUCUAACAUACUGAAAUCUGA